AUGGCCCCCGCACGUGGAAAAGUCGCCUUCGUUACGGGUGCUAAUGGCAUUACCGGCAAUGCCAUCAUCGAGCACCUCAUUCGCCAGCCAGAGUCUGAAUGGUCCAAAAUCAUCAUCACGUCCAGACGAGUUCCCAAGCAAAGCCUCUGGCAAGACCAUCGUGUCAGGUUCAUUGCUCUCGACUUUUUGAACCCCGUCGAAGAGUUGAUUCCGCUUAUGGCACCUUUUUGCCAUGAUGUCACUCAUGCAUUUUUUACCUCAUAUGUGCACACGGCAAACUUUGCCAAUCUGCGCGAUAGCAACAUCCCAUUGUUCCACAACUUUCUGGUCGCCAUAGACAUUGUUGCUGCGAGCACACUGAAGCGAGUCUGUCUCCAAACUGGAGGCAAGUACUACGGUGCCCAUCUUGGGCCUACCGAAGUCCCUCUUCACGAGGGAAUGGGUCGUUAUGACGAUAAGGGAGAGAACUUUUACUAUCCGCAGGAGGAUUUCCUCUUCAGCCUCGCUGCCAAGCGUAGCUGGGACUGGAAUGUCAUACGCCCCAAUGCUAUCAUUGGAUUUACACCAGCAGGCAACGGUAUGUCCCUGGCGCUUACAUUGGCCAUCUACAUGCUCUGUUGUCGCGAGAUGGGCGUGCCCCCUGUGUUCCCAGGCAACAAGUUCUUUUACACUCGAUGCGUUGAAGACUGUUCCUAUGCACCUAGUAUAGCAGACCUAAGCGUGUGGGCUACCACAGAUGAGCAUACUAAGAACGAGGACUUUGUCCACCAGAACGGCGAUGUCUUUGUGUGGAAACAGCUCUGGACCAAACUUGGGCGACACUUUAACAUUGAGGUCCCAGAGUUCACCGAAUGGGCAGCAGAGGGAGACCAAGAGCGCAUGGCCAACAACUUCCUCAUGACUGAAUGGUGCAAGGACAAGGAAGCAGUGUGGGAGAGAGUCGUAGCCAAGCACGGCGGCCAGCUCGAGGCUUUUGGCUGGGGCACCUGGGACUUUUUCGACUGGGCCAUUGGAAAGGCCUGGUGCACCAUCAGCACCGUCUCCAAAGCGCGCAAGUUUGGCUGGAAGCGAUACGAUGACACGUAUGACACGUUCAUUGAGACAUUCCAUGUCUUGGAGAACGCGGGUAUCUUGCCCCAGUUUGGACAGACCGUUCUUGCGCCUCAUCCUGCUGAUGCCGUCACCCUUCGCAAGGCAAAGGCCAAGGCGCUGCAAAAUGGAGUGAUUGAGAAUGGCAUCGAUCACAAGGGACUUGAGAGUGGAGAUGUAGAGAAUGGCGAUCUGACUGUAAAGGUCUGA